AUGUCUGUCGCAGACACGACGCCGGUGCCCUCGUCGCCUGGCGAGUCGUCGAUGGCGACGUCAGUCUACGACUCCAACUCGGAGUAUGACUUUGAGGCGCGCGCCCAGAAGUGGCACUUCGCUACCCAGGUCGUCGCGACUGACUCGUCGCAGAACCAGCACGGCGCCAGCGCCACGCCCAUCUUCCAGACAGCCACCUUCAAGGGCAUGGAGGGCCCCUACGACUACAGCCGUAGCGGCAACCCAACCCGUGGCGGCCUCGAGUCCCACCUCGCUCGCCUGUACUCUGCCACCUCGGCGUUCGCGCUCUCGACAGGCAUGACAUGCCUGGACGUAAUCCUCCGCCUCGUUAAGCCCGGUGAGACGGUGCUCGCUGGCGAUGACCUGUACGGCGGUACCAACCGCCUCCUCACGUACCUCUCGAGCCACGGCGGUGUCGACGUCCGCCACGUUGACACGACCAAGGUCGAGGGCGUGAUGCCCCACCUCGAGCCAGGGAACAAGGUCAAGAUGGUGCUCCUCGAGUCGCCCACCAACCCGCUCCUCAAGGUUGCCGACAUUGCCGCCGUCAGCAAGGCCGUGCAUGCCGCCGCGCCCAAUGCCAUUAUUGUGGUCGACAACACCAUGAUGAGCCCGUACCUCCAGCGCCCGCUCGAGCUCGGCGCCGACAUUGUCUACGACUCGGCCACAAAGUACCUCUCGGGCCACCAUGACCUCAUGGCCGGUAUUAUUGCUGUGCGCACCCCCGAGCACAGCAAGGAGGUCGCGUGGCUCAUCAACGCGAUGGGCUCUGGUCUCGCUCCGUUCGACUCGUUCCUCCUCAUGCGUGGCGUCAAGACGCUCGCCCUCCGCAUGGACAAGCAGCAGGCAAACGCCCAGAUUGUCGCAAACUACCUCCACGAGCUUGGCUUCCUCGUCCACUACCCCGGUCUCAAGAGCCACCCGGGCGCCGACAUUCACUGGAAGCAGGCGACCGGUGCUGGCGCUGUUCUCUCCUUUGUGACGGGCGACAAGGCGCUCUCAGAGCGCAUCGUCUCCGGCACGCGCUUGUGGGGCGUCUCCGUGUCCUUUGGCGCUGUCAACUCGCUCAUCUCGAUGCCGUGUCUCAUGUCGCACGCGUCCAUUUCGCCCGCCCUCCGCGCUGAGCGCGGCCUCCCCGAGAACCUCAUCCGCCUGUGUGUCGGUAUCGAGGACCCACGCGACCUCCUCGACGACCUCGAGACGGCAUUCAUUGCGUCUGGCGCGAUUGUGCCCCGCAACGACGACUCCCUCCUUUCCCUCGACGAGCUCGACGCUCUGUACGCAGUUGACGCUCCUGCAUGGGGCAUUGAGCGUGCCCACUUCUUCAGGCGCCCCAUCGACUCAGAUCUGGCCGAGGGCGUCUCGCGUGGACUCACACUCGGCGGCGAGGCCGCCACCGCCAAGGUUAAGACGCUUGACAGCGACAUUGUUGUGUCAGCGCCUGGCAAGGUCAUCUUGUUCGGCGAGCACGCAGUUGUGCAUGGUGUGACUGCCAUCGCUACGUCGCUCAACCUCCGCUGCUACGGCGUGCUGGCUGGCCGCUUCGACGGCAAGGUCGCGAUCGCCGCGCCAGACCUCGAGGCCGACCACGCGUGGGACAUUGCCACGCUACCGUGGUCCCUCGUCCCUGCUCGGGAGGGCAACGUCGCCCCCGCCGCGCUCGACCAGACGCUGCUUGAGGCGAUCGAAGCCGUCGUGUCUCAGGACAAGCCGACCAAAACCGGCUUCAGUGCCUCGGUCGCCUUCCUCUACAUCUACAUGGCGAUGACCGUUACGGAGGACAAUGCCCUCGCUGCGACGCUGACCGUCUCGGCCAACCUGCCGAUUGGCGCUGGCCUCGGUUCCUCGGCCGCCUUCUCCGCUUGCCUUGCCAGCUCGCUGCUCUUUGCCCACGCCCACGCGACCGCACACUGCGCGCCUGACCCGGCCGCGAUCGACCUCGUCGACGCCUGGGCCUUCCUCGCCGAGAAGGUGCUCCACGGCAACCCAUCGGGCAUCGACAACGCUGUCGCGGUUCGCGGCGGCGCCGUCGCCUUCACCCGCGCUGUGAACGGCAAACAGGGCGGUCUGGACCCGAUGGGCGGUUUCGCUUCCAUCCGCCUCCUUCUGACCGACACCGGCGUCCCUCGAGACACCAAGAGCCUAGUCGCAGGUGUUGGGGCGAUGAAGCUGGCCAAGCCCGAAAUCGUCAACCCAAUCCUGGACCGGAUCCAGGCCAUCUCUGACGAGGCCAGCUCUCUCCUCACCUCGUCAACUGAGCGUGCUUUCCUUAUCGAGCGCCUGGGCGCCCUCAUGCGCGAGAACCACACUCACCUGCGAACUCUCGGCGUCUCGCACCCCUCGCUGGAAUCCGUCGUCUCCACUACCUCCAAGUUCGGCCUGGCGACCAAACUCACCGGCGCCGGAGGGGGUGGGUGUGCAGUCACGCUUGUUCCCGAUGCGUUUGACGAUGCGUCUCUCGCGAGGCUCACGCGUGAACUCGAGGGGCUGGGCGCCCAGCCGCACCUCACGACACUCGGCGGACCGGGACUGUGCGUCCACGUCCUCCCGCAGGGAUCGGGGGGUGUUGGACACUCCCUCAAGAGCGCGGGUAGUGCUAACCUCCAUUCCUGGAGCGAGGGAUUGGGCGGACAGUGGGUGCACGCGUAG